AUGUACUCGUGGGCGUCGAACCUGCGGAAGCAUCUGAAGAUGGGUUGCGGCAUGGUCACCUUCGAGACGCACUUCUCCUGCCAGUACUGCCCCUAUAGGUCGAGGAUCGAGGCGAGCUUUCUCAAGCACCUUCUCUCGGUGCACAACAUCAAACGAGCUGGCUUUUGUGUUUCAGGUUCGUUUGUUGUCUGGGAGGACUAUCAGGCUACCAGAUCCAGCAACUGUACUGACCGCAAGUUCAGGUUUAAGAAUGUUGACCAAUUCGCUUUGCAAGGUAGGUAUAAGUGCUCCAAGUGCGCGAAGUCGUACCGAUGGAAGCAUCACCUUGUGGAACAUGUCAAAGGCUUCUGCGGCCAGAAGAAGGCAGAGUGCUGUCCGUUCUGCAGCUACAAGAGCAACCGCAAGUGGAAUCUGAAGUCGCAUAUGAAGAGGAUCCAUGCGAGUGUAUAAGAAACGAAAUCAUAUUAUUGUGAAAAAUUUUAAAAUAUAUUAUUGACUUACGGUGAUUUACAAUACAUGUCUCCUUGAUGUUCUUCAAUAAAAUUGUUUGUUUUCUCAAAUCUCUCGAUUAUCAUUUGUAGCCUGGAAUUAGUCAAAUCUAUAAUUUGUAUUUUUAACGCUAUUCCUGAAAAAUCAAGUCCUCGAAGACGAAAGAUGUACAGUUCUUCCAGAAGAUUCGUAUGCUCUGUUUAAUCAUCUCAAUUUUGUUUUCAUUUACCUUCAAUAUCUUUCGAUUAUUCUAUUUUACAAUUUUAUUUAUAAUUUUUCUUUGUGGACGGAAAUACAAAAAGGAAGUAGAAAGGAAGCUCUAUCGAACUUGUUUCAUCCAAGUGCUGAAUCUGUAUAUUUUAUUUGUGUCUCUUUCAUGUUUCAGGACCAUUCAUUUACGAGACUUGUUAUCAAAGUAUGCCGAAGUCGCAAAUGUUUGUACGCAAUUCGGAACAGGUGAUGAGAGCCAUUGACGCUGUCGCCAGUGGGAUGUCUUUGAGGAAGGCCGCGAAAAUCUACUCUAUAUCCAAAUCAGUUCUACAUCGAUACUACAAACUGGGCAUUCCACUGCGAUCGAUUUACACGAAGAAAUACGAAACAUUUACGAAUUAUUAAUGCUCAAAGGAUAUUGUGAUUCUCUAAGUGUCAUUAGAAAAUUCUUUAAAGAGUUGUUUAAUUAAAAAAUAUCAAGAAGUUUUUUUUUUAUUGACAACAUUAUUAUUAUUAUUAAUUAUAUUUCUACCUCUUAUACAGUGGAAUUGUGUUGUAUAUUAAAUUUAUAUUACUGUAUGAAUUAUAUGAUGUUUGUUAAAUGUUAAUGAUUUUUGUAAAUGAUAAGUAUCGAUAACAUAAUUGAAGGGUGUACAGGACAUUACAGGACAUUUUUAAUUAUAAUUAUUUUAUAAAUAUUAUUUUAUCAUUAAUAUACAUAAAAAAAUAUCAUAAUUCUACAAUUACUUACAAUUAUUUAAUAUUAUAAUUCUAUUGUUUAAUAUUAUAUAACAAAUAAUAAUUGACAAAGAAAUUUUGGGGAAUAAAGACUUGUAAAUACUUAAAAAUAUUAA